ACUUAUAUCUAAUGGGAAACAGAAAAAAACAUAUUUUCUCUACUGUAAAAUUAUAUCAGUUUCUUGGCUGCAAUGAAAAUUCCUCCAAAGAAACCUCAUUUUUUCAAACCUAUUAUGCCUGGUUUCAAGAAUGGAAUUAAUAUUCCUAAAGGUUUCUUGAAGUAUCUCAAGGGAUACGAGCAUAUUGAACACGCAAUGCUAAAAAUAGAGGGCAAGAAAUGGCCGGUGAAAGUGAACGGCCGACGACUGGAAGAGGGCUGGAAAAAGUUUGCAAAGGAGCAGGAGUUGCAGUUAGGAUAUUUGUUGAUUUUCAGACAUGAAGGAAACAUGGAGUUUGAGGUUACAAUCUUUGAUUCAAGUCACUGUGACAGAGAAUAUGCAGAAUAUAUACAAAUACAAGAAGAGGAAGAAAAUGAGGUGGAGGAAGAAGAAGAAGAGAACGAGGACGAGAAGGAAGAGGAAAAAGAGGAAGAGGAGGAAGAAGAAGAAGAGAAUGAGGACGAGAAGGAAGAGGAAAAAGAGGAGGAGAAGGAAGAAGCAGCAGCGGCCGCAGCAGCCCAUAUUCUCGAAGAGACUUCCAAGAAUUUUGAAUUCAAAGAAAAAUCGAGCCCCAGCAUCGAGUCAUCAGACAUGGCUUCUUCCGAUGCGGAAGCUGCUACCGGCAAGCCUUUUGGUCAUUCUCAUUUUGUAUACACUAUUAGACCAUAUUGCUUUGCAUAUGGUUACUUGUGUGUCCCUAGACGUUUUGCAUUUGCAAACGGUCUCAUCACCAACAAGAAGUGCAGUUUGAUUAUAAGAGAUCAAAUGCAAAUUAAGUCGUGGAAUUUAAGGUUAAAUUCUUGCAAAAACCGACUCUAUAUUGGAGAGGGAUGGCGUAAAUUCAGUGCUGAUAAUUGCUUAAAGGAGGGAGAUCGUAUUAUGUUUGAGGUUGUUACUAAUGGAGAGACACCUAUGUGGGAAUUUCAUGUUCUUACUGAUGCAGAGACUCCAAUGAGGAAGUUUCAGGAAAAAUCGAGCUCUAGCAUCGAGUCAUCAGAUACGUCUUCUUCUGAUUCAGAAGCUGCUACCCACAAGCAUAUAGGUCAUUCUCAUUUUGUGUGCACACUUAGACCAUAUUGCUUUACAUAUGGUUACUUGCGCGUUCCUAAACUUUUUGCACUUGCAAAUUGUCUUAUCAACAAGAAGUAUGAUUUGUCUAUAAGAGAUGAAAGGCAAAGGUCGUGGAAUUUAAAGCUAACUUCUUCUAGCACUCAAGUCUUUAUUGGAGAUGGAUGGCGUAACUUCAUUGCUGACAAUUGCUUAAAGAAGGGAGACAGUAUUAGGUUUGAGGUUGUUACUGAUGGAGCGGCUCCUGUAUGGAAAUUUCAUGUAGUUACUGAUGCAGAAACUCCAAUAAGGAAAUUUCAGGAAAAACCGAGCCCCAGCGCCGAGUCGUCAGACACGUCUUCUUCCUCCUCGGAAGCUACCAUUCACAAGCCUUUUGGUCAUUCUCAUUUUGUAUGCACUAUUAGACCAUAUUGCCUUAAAUAUGGCUACUUGCAUGUUCCUAAACAUUUUGCACUAGCAAAUUGUCUCGUCAACAAGAAGUAUGAUUUGUCUAUAAGAGAUGAAAGGCAAAGGUCGUGGAAAUUAAAGCUAAAUUCAUGUAGCGCUCAAGUCUUUAUUGGAGAUGGAUGGCGUAACUUCAUUGCUGACAAUUGCUUAAAGGAGGGAGAUCGUAUUAUGUUUGAGGUUGUUACUGAUGGAGAGGGGCCUGUAUGGAAAUUUCAUGUAGUUACUGAUGCAGAAACUCCAAUAAGGAAAUUUCAGGAUUUGAGAGCAAAUAUG